AUGGCCGAUCCCCCUUCACCAUCGGGGAUCUCACCCCGCAAUUCAUCGAUCCGCCGCCGUGGUGCCCCCGCGCGAAGCACGCCCACGCUUGAGACCAUCCCCGACUGGCCAGAACGCCGCAACUCGACGCUCUCAGAUACCAUCUCGGAGGCCCGUAACUCCAUUCGAUCAUCCACAGAUGAUCUAUUUCUCCCCCGGGUCGCCAGGCACAAUGACGGUCCGAUCGCAACAGAGGAGUCUCAUUGGCAUUCCGCACCACUGGCCUUGGCGCUGAUGCCUGCCAUCGCGGGGGUGAUGUUUAAAGAGGGAAGCUCUUUCGUGACUGACGUGACAUUGUUGGUUCUGGCAGCGAUAUUUCUAAAUUGGUCGGUUCGGUUACCAUGGGAUUGGUAUCGGUCGGCCCAGGCCAUCCGGCGGGAAGAAACCAGAUUUAGCCCCACUGCGGAGGAUAUCGAGAUCGAGGGCGAUGAGGCUGUAGAAUCGGCCGAAGAAUCUCACCCGCAUCCCACGCCCCCUCGAGCGUCUACUGAAGCAGCCAUCAAGGAGCUUCAGAUCCACGAGCUGGUCGCAUUAGCCUCGUGCUUUAUAUUUCCUCUGAUCGGCGCCUGGCUUCUUCAUGGCAUCAGGAAUAGUCUGUCCCGGCCCUCAGAAGGCCUAGUCUCAAAUUACAACCUUACUAUCUUCCUCCUCGCAUCGGAGAUUCGUCCAUUCGCACAUCUUCUCAAAUUAUUUCAAGCACGCACCCUUCACCUCCAACGCAUUGUCGCAACCACCGACGAAGACCGCAUCGACGCAAGUAAAGUCCAAGAUCUCACAAAGCGACUCGAGGAACUAGAAGCCCACAUCGCCGAAGCUGCCGCUACUCGCCAGGCUUCGUCUCCCAUUAAAUCAGACCAUGGACCAAGUGACGCCCCGUCACUCAUAACACAGGCUGUUGUUGAAGCCCGCAAGUCCGUCCAGCCAGAUAUCGAAGCCCUUAACCGCGCUGUUCGCCGCUAUGAGAAACGUACGGCCCUCAUGACCCUCCAGUCAGAUACUCGCUUCCAGCAACUCGAAGCUCAAAUGCGCGACGCAUUGUCUUUAGCAGCUGCCGCGCAGCGCUCCAGUAUAUCCCGCCGCUCCAGCUACGCGUUCACCCUGGUUGACUGGGCCUGCGCAUGCAUCGUGGUUCCCGCUCAAUUCGCAUCAUCUAUCCUCAGCUUACCCAGCCGCGCAGCUAAUCGCUGCUUGGCAACCGCAAAGAGCAUACUAGGCCGACCUCCCGCACAAAAGCCACGCUCAAAAUCGAGUAAAGGCAAGUCAGCCCAGGGAGGUGGUUACAAGGUCCGGCCACGGUCGCCUCCUCCGAUAAAAUCGGCUUCUAUUUCGCCGCUUCCACCACAGCAAUCUCUGGAUCCGAAGUUCAAGGGUAUUUCUCGCUAG